AUGGCUGCGAAGCUACUGCAUUCGUUGGCAGAUGAUAGUGCAGAUCUGCAGAAGCAAAUUGGGUGUAUGAAUGGGAUUUUUCAAAUCUUUGAUCGUCACCAUGUUCUCACAGGCCGGCGAAAAAGCCUUACUUUAGGUAAUGGAAAUGCUACAAGUAUCAACUUUGAAAGAGACUCUGUUGAUACAUUUUAUCAAACAAAAGAAACAUUUCAGGACUCAAACGUCGGUGGAAAUGUGAAAGAGAAGCAAAGGGUUUCAACAGAAUCAUCAAGAGUUUCUUUCUCAUCUUCUUGCUCCUCUUCCCUAUCCUCUUCCGAGUUCAACAGAGGAGCUCAACCUGAAGCUUCAUCUGCCUAUGACCAAACCAUUUUUCCAGAAUCUCCUACAAGUGACCCUGAGAUGAGCGAAAGGAAUGGCUUUUCACAUCUAGAACUUGACCUCAGAGAUGUUGUGAGAGACUCCAUGUACAGAGAAGCCAGAGGGAUUUCGGUUAAAGCUCCUAUGACAAGAGAGGAAGCAGUUAGACGCAGCAGCAGAAGAGAGGACUCUCCAAGGCCUUAUGGUGUGAAGCAAUCCACCACACCUUCUGAUCUCAAUGAGUCCUUCAGAUUUCUAGCCAAACUUAGAGAAACACAUUACAAUGAGGUUGGAGCAAGAGAUGCAGCACCUCGUUACUCUGUUGAUUCUCAUGAUACGUUGAAACCAAGACAGAAGCUGAAAGAGUUGCCUAGGCUCUCGCUGGAUAGUAGAGAACGAGUGAUCAGAAACUCAAGUGUUGAUCUUAAAUCAGAAAGCUUACCUGGAAGCUCAAGCAGCAGCAACAAGAAACGGCCUCCAAGUGUUGUUGCAAAGCUCAUGGGGUUGGAGACAUUGCCUGGCUCUCCAUUGGGUAGAGACAUCCAUCACCAGUUUGGUUUCGAGCAGAACAACGAUCCAUGCUCAAGAUCACUGAGGGAGAAGAACCUGAACCGUUCAAUCCGGUUUUCUCCUAGCUCACCGAGGAGCUUGGGGAAGGACCCGUCUUCUCCAAGAUGGAGGAACUCUGAUUUUGUCAUGAAACCUCUGUCAAGUUCAAGAUUCCCCAUUGAGCCAGCUCCAUGGAAGCAACCUGAUAGAAACAGAGUUUUGCAGAAACAAGCACCUAAGUUUUCUCCAACUGUGUACAGUGAAAUGGAGAAGAGACUGAACGAGCUGGAGUUCAAACAUUCAGGAAAAGACCUGCGAGCUCUUAAACAGAUACUAGAAGCUAUGCAAUCAAAGGGUUUCUUGGAUACUGAGAAACAACCACAACCUUCAAACUUGGCAGCUCAAAGAGAUUAUGUAACUUCCAACUCCAAAGCGAGAGUCCCUUCUACUUCUUCAUCAUCUUCACCUUCAUCUAACCAGGUGUACCAAUCUCCGAUUGUGAUUAUGAAACCUGCAAAGCUUGUUGAAAAGGCUGGCAUUCCGGCUUCAUCGCUCAUCCCCAUUCACAGCCUAACCGGACUUAACAAGGUCCGUAGAGAAGUAUCUGAUAGUAAAGCAACUUCAACAAGUAGUAAACGUGUGACCAAAGGAAACCGAACAAGCUCUGUUGAUAAGAUACCUGACAGCAGAAACGUGCGGUCUGCUUUGAGAAAGCCUCAUCAGGUUUCUAAAGAGACUACUACUUCAGGAUCUGUGAGUCCAAGACUGCAGCAGCAGAGGAAGCUUGAGUAUGACAAACGUUCACGGCCACCAACGCCUCCGUCUGAUUCUAGUAAAGCGAGGAAGCCGUCACACAGACAGCUCGCGGAGUCUACUUCUCCUGGCGGCAGACGUAGAGUCAAGCCUCAGAAGAGUUUGCAGCAGAAUGAUGACCAGCUUAGUCAAGCCAGCAAUGAAUCUAGGACUUCAAGUCAUGACACGUGUACUCAGUCUGAAGCUGAUGGUGGAAGUAGAAGUCCAUCUGUAAUCGAGGCAGCCAAAGCUGUAGUCUCUAACUUAAUGCAGAAUAAAUCCAGUCCAAGGUUUAGUGAAGAUGGAUCAACAACAAACCUUUCACUAGCUGCUUUGGAACAUCCAAGUCCUAUUUCUGUUCUUGACACCUCACUUUACAGAGAGACAGAGCCUUCUCCAGUGAAGACACAAGGUAAUGUUGUUGCUCAUGACUCUGGUGAUGAGCAUUGUGAGGACCAGUGGAAUCCAGCUUACAGUUUCUCAGAGACAACCUCAAGCUUUUCUCCAGAGAUAAACCGGAAGAAGCUUCAGAACGUUGAGCACUUGGUUCAAAAGCUGAGAAGGCUCAACUCUAGCCAUGAUGAAGCCAGCCAAGAUUACAUUGCAUCGCUCUGUGAGACCGCAGAUCCCAACACCGACCACAGAUACAUCUCAGAGAUUCUUUUAGCCUCUGGUCUUCUCCUUCGAGAUCUCGGCUCAGGACUAACAACGUUUCAGCUACACCCUUCAGGCCACCCGAUCAAUCCAGAGCUGUUCUUUGUUCUUGAGCAGACAAAGGGAAGCAGCAGCAGCAGCACUACGCAUCUGUUACACAAGGAAGAAAGCAAGGCUGUGAACAAGGAGAAGCUUAACCGGAAAAUGGUGUUUGACACGGUUAACGAGAUUCUUGUGGAGAAGCUAGCUUCGGUUGAAGCCACGACGAAUCCGUUGAUGAUGAAGCCAUCUGCUAAGAAAGCCAUGAGUGCGCAAGAGCUGCUGAAAGAGCUGUGUUCGGAGAUAGAAACACUGCAGAAGCAAGCAACAAAGAGGUCAGAGGACUUGUUGUUGGAGGAAGAAGAUGAUUUCUUGAAAAGCAUACUUGCAGAAGACGUGAUGGUUCGGUCUGGGAACUGGGUGGACUUCAAUGGAGAAAUCUCAGGGUUGGUGUUGGAUGUGGAGAGGCUUAUCUUUAAGGAUCUUGUGAAUGAGAUCGUGCAUGCGGAGACUACGAGCCGUAUGCAAGCAAAGUCAGGAAGACGAAGAACGCUUUUCUCAGACCAGUAG